AUGAAUUGCUCAACAAGUGACUAUCAUAUUCUUGUCGCUCAUAAUUUUCUGUCGAAUAUAAGUCUUGAUGGAACCCAUCAAGACACCAAUCUACGGAUUUUUUCGGCUCGCGGCUUGCCAAAGGUUGCUUUUUUUUCUCAAAUACAAAAUUUAUCAGCUUUUACAGACUAAGAAAACCGCUGUCAAGUUGAUUGAAAAAAGUGAGGCAGUUUUAAAUCAAGCAGCCUAUGAUAGACAGGUUUUAUCUUCAUUAUAUCAUUUUUGAGAAGUCAGAUAUUUUCAGCAAAGCUCAGAAGUUAUCGAUACAACUAACCCUUUCAAUGCUCCACAGCUCACGCCUCGAGGGCCAAAUGAGAAAAAGUCAGUUUAGUUUUGAAUAAAAAUUUAAUAUAAAUUUUAGAAAAUCCUUUUUCCAUCGGCUCGCAAAAAUUAUGAGCUCUGAUGAUGUUAUUAGAACCCCAUCCAAAUGUUAUAAUUCUGAGGAAGCCGCGUUGAUCUCGGAGAAGCUGAUUUUGCACGGUUUUCAUGAAGUUUUUGGGAGAAGUAAAAUAAAUUCCGGGAUUCAGAGGAAAAAGACGAAGAUCGACCAACUUCCUCCAUGUCCACCAACCAGUUCAGCUUCUUGAAACGGUUGAGAAGCACCGUGGCCAAUGGCGACAGGUUUUUUUUCCGUUUUUUUAUUGAUAUUUUUUUCUCAAUCAUUCACCUUUGUAUAUUAAUACUUACCUGAGUCUUGAUUGCAACCUUUUUUUCUUUGAAAAAUUUUUGUGAGUUAGCUCUAUUUUUGAUAAGAACUUUUUUUGAAGUAUAUUUUUCUUCAGUUUGAUUGGAGUUAAAUAAUUUAUUUCUGAUUUUUUUGGUUUUUUUGUUUUUCCGUUUUUUUAUCUUCAACCCAAAAAUCGAAUCAUAUCUUUUUAGGGUCUUAUUUUCAACCACAAAUUCCAUUUUUUUCUCUUUCCAACGUUUUUUUAUUAUUAUUUAAAAAAACAAAAAAAGGAAGGAACUGUAUUGCAUAUUUGCAUCCGAAUUGCUCUUUUUUUGACUUUAACGUUUCAUCUCUUGGUUUUUGAUCAAAGUUUACAAAAAUCUAGUCGUUCACAGAUGUUUUUUAAUCGUUCAACCGAUGUUCUUCAUUUCAAAUUUUUAAAUUUUUCAACUUCUCAAGAGUUUUGUGGACUCUUUUUGAUACUAAUGUUCAAAAAUCUAAAUUUAAAAUUUUUCUCGAAAGGUUUUGUUUUUACCUCAUUUCACAGCAAAAAACUAUGUUUUUAAUGACUUGUCAACUAUUUUUUAUUUUGGAGUAAGUUGGAUAGAUUCAUAUAAAAUUCUUCACCGGUUCUUGCUUAAACAAACUUUAAUAAUACUCACUUUUUCUCUUUUAACUUCACAAAAAUCGAUAUAAUAUCACCAUUUUCUCUUAGUUUGGCCUGUUCAUUACCUCAAUUCACAGCUUAAAGCUCUAGUUUUGAAAAGUUCCUAGCUAUUUUACAUUCUUGACAAAGUUGGAUUGAUUUAUAUAGAUUUAUAUGUCCUCAGUUUUUGCUCGAUAAAAUCCAAUUUUUUUUUCAACUUUACGAAAAUCUAACUAACAUGAUUUUUCUUGGUAUGACUUAUUAAAAUGUUUUCUAAAAAUCUUUUUUUCGCUUUUUUUUUAUUCUUGAGAAGGUUUGACCUUGUGUCAAUUUUUUUUUUCUAAGUUCUAGCUCAGAUAACACAUUUUUUUAACUCCAUUAAAUCGAGCCAUUUCCACCAUUAUCUCCUAGUUUGACCUCUGAUGAAUUUUUCCCGUCUAACAUGUCUCUAGUCGAUAAUCUUCUAGAUGGUACGUGUGCAGUGCCGCUUCGGAAGUCCCCCUCGCCAUUUUUUCCUAUGUCACGACGUGUGAAACCGACCUUAACGCUUCGAUUUCCACGAAUCCCUUACUAAUUCGAACCCGUCGCGCUCGGUCCAGAUCCAUUUUUGGAAGGUUUUUCAGCUUUUUUUUAAAUGCCUGGUUUUUUUAUGCGAAAAAAGGAUAAAAUUGGUUUUUUCCAGUUUUGAUCGGAUGAAAUCGCAACAUCACAUGUCGUCUGAAGAACUUCGGCCCUUCAUUUUCCAUGGAAAUGAGGUGAUUUUCCGAAACAACGUCUAUUUUUCCAGAAGGAAAAUGAUGUUCAAAAAAAAUGUCUUGGGAUUGAUUUGAUAUUUUUUUGAAACAUUUAGAAAUUUGAAAAAAAUGUUUGGUAAAAAAAGUUUGAAACCGGGGAAUGAUGUAAUAUUUUUUUCAUUAUUUUUGUUUUUUUGAACACGGCAUCAAAUAAAUGGAAAUUUCCGUUUAGGAGCACGUGUUCGGCCAGAUUUUCCGGAAAAAAAUCAACGCCGUUCAACGACGCCUUUCUUCACACUCUUCGACAAACCUUAUAGGAGGGAUCGCAGAGUAAUAAAAUAAUAUCGAUUUCUUUGAAAAAUCAAUUAUUUUCCAAGGAAAGUCAAAAAGAAUCGAGGAUGCUCGAGCUGGAAGCGGAAAUGGAAGCGGCUCAGGCGGUUUAUCGUGCCAAUUCUUUCGAACAAGGUUUUUUUGACUUUUCCGGUCGCAUUUGGAAUGGCUCAGCGGCUAGAAAUUCUCCAGGAAGUUAUAUUUUCGAUUGCAGCCGAAUUUAAUUUUUUUAUAUUUUAAAACAACUAACCUUUUCGCAAUGCGUACAUAUUUGAAAAAUAGUUGAUUGGAAAGUAUUGCGAAUUCGUUAAUUGGAAAAAAGUUGGAUUAGUGUAUGGCUAAUUUUUUGUCCAAAACCAUUUAUUGGACCUGAAAAUGGAAAUUUUUGCGUUCUAGAAAGUUUCUGAUAUUUUUGCGAUUUUUGAUUGUAUCUUCUUUAAAAUAAGCUUCGGAGUAAAAUUUGAAUCCAUAGAGACAGUUCAGGUUUUGAAUUUCAAGUGUAGUUCGUUUUUGGCGACUUGAAAUGGCUUCUCUGUGCCCUCCUCGUCUUUUGGAGACCCUCUCAUUUUGACGUGCUUUUCCCAUUUUUCUCUGACCUCGCCGGUGAGGGAACAGAGAGACGCAGACACGCGAAAAUUGUCAAAAAUGACGUCAUUCGAAAAAGCUCUGUAGAUGGCUCGAUCUCUGAUAGGUUAAUCGCACCAUUUGGGGCGGAGCUUGAGCGACUUUUUGACUGGCGAAAACUGAAUCCCCCCCCCCCCCAUUUCUAACAUUCCAACCUAAGAUUUUCCCAUUUUUCAGGCUAUUCCCUGGACACCGAAGACCCUGCGGAAAACGAGGAUGACGAUUAUGAUCCAACUAUUUUCGAAGAUUUGCAGGCCGGCAGGAAAACCGUCAUCCGGCUGACUUCCUUCGUGGUUAGUUUUUUGGAAAAAAAAAUUUUAGAGGGAAAAAUUUGAUUCUCAUGGUGAAAUCUGAAAGGAAUGUGUUCUCAAAAACUUUACGGAAAAUUAAGAAUUUGCGAAAAUUUCCACAUUGAGUAGUCUCAUUUGACGAUUUUCCAUUAUCUUGCUUUCGAUUUUCGAUCUUUCGUUAUAAAACUGUUUCAAGAAUCUUUCAAAACAGUUUUUAUUUCCAGGAAAUUCAAUAGGGAGUAUGAGCGUUUGAAUUUUACAGUUCAAAUUCAAUGAUUGAAAGGUUGAUGAGAGAAUUCUAAAAAAAAUUUUUAAACGAAAAAAAUAAAAAAAUAAAAACUUUCUUUUUUUCAUUUUCUUUUUUUACGAAUUUGAAUGAAAAGGAGUUACCGAAAUUUUUUUCAAAAAAAAUUUUUCAAAUAUAGAAAUUGAAACAGGGGAAUGAUGAUUCGAAAUAUUUUUUUGUCAAUUUUGAAUAAUAAUUUUUCAAAAAAAUUACGAAAUUAGUUAAAAGUUUACUUUUUACCAGUACAACGAAUUUUUCAUAAAUUUGGGUUUGUUAUUUGAAGUUUAAAAAAAUGAUGAAAGAAAUUUUUUUCGAAAAAGUUUUUCUUCACGCUUUUUUUGGGAGUUUCCAUAAUCGGGAGAUCGUCUAAAAAAAGAUAGAAGAUGUUUUAACACAAAUCUUAAAAAGAUUAAAAAGAUCAUUUAUAAGUUUCAGUUGAGAAGAGCCACCGGUAUUUGUACAGAUUGCCUCACGGUAAAUCGACCCCAGAUUUCUCAACGGCGCGCGCUUUCUUCCAUCCCAUUUUUUUUUCUUAUUCGUUUCUUCAUUGCAAAUGUGUUUCUGUUCUAGUUUUUUCUACUCUUUCUAUUGCACGGCGUUUUGAAAAGGGUGGAAAAACUGGCAUGCGAUAAAAUGUGCCCUGAUGAAAAAGUUAUAACGGCGGACUACGGUUGGAGGAUGCAAGUUUGCAAUAUAUUGUUAUUCAUAUUCCCAUUGUCGUAUCGUGCUUUCAUAGAGCUAAGAUUUAAUUUUUGAGAUUUUUAGAACUUUAAUUCGUUCAGUGAAAUUAUUACAAAAUUCGAAUUCUAAGCAUACAAAUUUUUUCAAACGGUUUCGUUUUCAUCAGUUUCGAGCUCAUGACAAAGGUGAGAUAGUACCCGGUCGCAUACAAAUGACCACCGAUUAGCAUUCGCCGAUUGACUUGAGUCGCUACCCGGUACCUACUUGUAUCUACCUCUCGAUUCACCAGUGGACAAACGUAUAUUCCUCCUUUGCAAAUACAGGCUUUCCCAGGUCUUGCAAAGGCACAUUAAAAAUCCACCUCGCUAGUACCGUUCCGCCGCCUUACCACUGCUCCUCGCUGCCGUUGCUUCGGCAGUCGCCAGAUCACAAUAUAGUCUGUUCAGAUUUUGUAUUUCAAGUCGUCGCUCAAGCUCCGCUCCUGAUGGUGCGAUAAACCAAUCAGAGAGCGAGCCAUCCACAGAGUGUUUUUGAAUGACGUCAUUGCACUUGACAUUCAAAAUCUGAAUAGACUAUACCACACCGCGCGCGCAUUCUCUUGUGUACGGCUGCGCUUCGAAAGGUCAUACCUUGACUGCGAAAUUUUUUUGAGAAAAAUUUGAUUCGAAAAUCUCAAAAAUUGAAUAUUAGCUCUAUGAAAGUACGAUACGACAACGUGAAAAUGAAUAACAAUAGAAAGAGUAGAAAAAACUAGAACAGAAACAUAUUUGCAAUGAAGAAAUAAAUAAGAAAAAAAUGGGAUGGAAGAAAGCGCGCCCCGUUGAGAAAUCUGGGGUCGAUUUACCGUGAGGCAAUCUGUACAAAUACCGGUGGCUGUUGAGAAGAAAUGAAAAUCUGAUGAAAAGGCCUUUUUCUUGGAAAAGGGUCAAAAAGGAGCUUAAAAGGAGAUUUUUUCAUCUUUUCAGAAAAUAAUAAAUGUUUUUGUUGGAGAUUUUCAAGAUUAUAUAUUUUUAUUGGAAACGGAUUUUUUAGUGAAAUUGAUUUUUUUUUUUAGGGCAGCACAUUCCAUUACUUACCCCCGGAUCGUGCCAAACAAACGAUGAACGAGGAUUUCAUCGAAAAAUUCCCGAAUGUUCACAUUACCUUGAGCAAAAUGAAGAGGUUUUCCGUUCACUUUUGCAGAACAAAAAUCAUUUUUCUCAGUUUGAAAAAAGAGAUGAUCGAAAUGGCAAAACAGCAUUUGGUGGACAGCUACACACUCUCCGUUGCUUUCGUCUUUUUCGAGAGAAUCGCUUCGAAGGUACUCUUUCAGAAGGGAUUCGUGAAAGAGAAACUACGAUUUCCAGGGUCUGAUAUCCAAAAAUAAUCGGAAAAGCGUCGCUGGGAUCAGUUUGCUCGUCGCGAUGAAGAUGAACGACUUUAGCAAAGCCGCCAUCAAGGCUUUCAUCAAUGUAGGUUUUUGUCGCCCUGGAGGAUGCCAGAGUGGUCCCUCGAGGGGCAAGCUGAAGGGCACUUCAAGGAACCCUUUGAGAGUCAAGAACGAUCCUCACAAAGGGCACCCAAGGGGCCUUUAAAGGUUCCCCUCUCGGGGACCACCUUACAUCCCUCUAUAGGGACAUUAAAGCUUGCAAAAGUGGUCCCUAAAGGGGCUUUAGUAAGUGGCAACUCUAGGGAAUCAUUCCGGUCGUUCAUUGUUAUCAAUUCUUCGAGAAGAAGCAUUUCCAUGCGAAAAAAAACAAUAAAUUAGCAUUUUUGAAUAAAAAAUUGAACAGAGGAUCAAGUUUGUCCAAUUUUCAAAUAGGACUAACAAAUUUAAAAAAAACCCCCCUAUAGGGACAACUUAAGCUUCAGAGGCUCAUGGGUCAGGCUUUCUCUAGGGAUUUUACCCCUCUAGAGCAGAAUAAAAUAUAGUAGUGAAAUAAUUUUGCAAAAACUUUUGUCAGAUUUUCGAUAAUAAACCCGUUUCAUUCGCCGAAGAAAAAUAAAGGGAAUUUUAAAUAAAAGUGAUAAAUCUAUCUCAUUUAUGAAAGGGUCCUGACACGAUAAAAAAAUAGAAGACUCUUAUUUCGUGGAGAGCGCAGACAGGCCACGCCCCUUUUCGUUUCAAUAGCCUGUCAAAAUUUUGAAUGACGUCAUUCGAAAAAGCUCUGUGGAUUACUCGCUCUCUGAUUGGUUCAUCUCGCCAUUAGGGGCGGAGCUUGGGCGUAGACUUCAAAUCCGAAAUCUGAACAGACCAUUUUUCUCAAUUUCCAGACGGCCGAGGAUAAAUUGCGGGUUUCCCGGAACGACCUCCUCUCCUACGAACUUCCAUUAUGCGUCGCUUUGAAAUUCAAAUUAAUCCCUCGAGACGACGAAGUCACCGCCCAUAACGAUAAAUUACGGUUCAUCAUGUCCUAG